AUGAAUCCCCAAACGUCCACCCGCCCCGUCCAGAAGCUUUCCAAGGCAGUCGCCAAAUGCGCGGUAGAGGCCGCCGCAUACGGUAAAUGCAUCAUGGCGGAUUAUAACGAUGUAUACAAAGACAAGUGCGCUCGAGAAUUCCUGAGGUUGAAAGACUGCUACCUG